AUGGCUGAAAAUGAGUUUCGCCAAUAUAAAAUUCCACCAGCAAAUUUUACUUCCAAUGUUUGGAAACAUUUGUCUGUUCAUGAAUUUGUUGUGCCUGUACAGUCAGCUCACUGUGGGAGUUUGUUGGAAAUCUUUGGUAUAUUAUGCGGUUGUAGUGGCAUUUGCCGUUGUGGUUGUGUUGAAGGUUGUGGUUGCGGUUGUGGUGGCGGUUGCUGUUAUGUUUUUGGUGUCGUCUGUGAUUGUGGUGGAGGUGGCGGGUGCGGUUGGGCUGGCGGUUGCGGUAAUGGUUGGGGUUCUGUUGGCGCUUGCGGUUGUGGUGGUGGUUGGGGUGGUCAUCACAGUUGUGGUCACGGUUGCGGUGAUGGUUGCGGUUCUGUUGGCACUUGCCAUUGUGGUGGUGGUGGUGUUGGCAGUUGUGGUUGUGUUGGUUGCGGUUGUGGUUUUGGUGGCAUUGGUGGUUGUGGUUGUGUUGGUGGUUGUGGUGGUGGUGUCGGUUGUGCUUGCGGUUGUGGUGCCAGUUGCAGUGGCGGUUAUGUUGGCAGUUGCAGUUGUGGUGGUGACAGUGGUUGCGGUUGUCAAGCUGAAAGAAAGCUGAAAGAAAGCAUGCAUUACAGCAACAACAAGUAUGGUUAG